UAUCGAGACACCUUCUUCAAGGUUCGGCAGCCAUAUGGCGAUGUUCUUAUACUACCAAUAAAAUACGUUGAUGAACUAAAGGCUUUGCCUCGAACUAUGCUGUCAUUUGACGCUGCUGUUGACGAGAGAUUUCUUGGAGAAUACACUUUAUUUUCGCACAGCUUUUCCGGACUACACCCUAACACGGUGCCGAGAAGCCUCAAUUACAAUCUAACCCGAAGUCUAAAUGGCCUUAUGAAAGAUAUUCAUGAAGAAACUGAGCGUGCGUUUCAAGACGUAAUCGGGUCAUGCGAAGGCAAGUUUUAUGAAUGGUUCAAGUGGACUGAAGUCAACAUGUGGCAGAAACUGUUUCCCAUCAUUAGCAUAAUCUCUGGUCGAAUGUUCAUAGGAAAGGAGCUCUGCCAUAAUCCUGAGUAUCUUCGCUGUAUCGUCGAGUUUACAUCGGAAAGCUUUCAAGCCAAAGCAGCGCUGUUUAAAUGGCGACCAUGGCUUCGACCAUUAGUUUACAAGUUCCUCCCCGAAGUCCAAAAGCUCUUCAAGACUUACGAGACAAUGAUGAAAAUCAUGGCAUCAGUCGUUCCGGCUCGUCUAGCUGCCAUUGAAGCCGGCGACCCCUCUGAAGACAUGGCGACUUGGAACAUCAUGAACUCCCCUUCCGGAAAAAGCUCUGUCAAAAUCCAAGCACACACCCAGCUUAUUCUCUCCAAGGCGGCAAUCUACUCGACCACAUUGACCGGCUCACACAUUCUCUACGAACUUGCUGCUCGGCCUGAAUACCUUGGGCCCCUUCGUGAUGAAGUUGAUUCCGUCAUGUCUACCGAUACCGUACCAUGGCUUUCCAAGACCAGUAUCCCAAAACUCAAACUUCUCGAUUCCUUCUGCAAAGAAUCACAACGCAUGAAUCCUCUCGGUGCUACCAGUUUCACCCGAAAAGCCCUCCAAGACAUUGUCUUACACGACGGUGUGACUAUCCCCGCUGGGACUCAUUUAACCUGUUCCUUAAUUGGGACCCUGCGUGACCCGGAAAUCUAUCCAAACCCAGAUGUCUUUGACGGUUACCGUCACCUCAACCUUCGAUCCCAAUCUCUUGAACAAGAAAGCAGGCAUCAAUUUGUCUCUCCAAGUCUUGAUGAUAUGAACUUUGGAUACGGACCUAAUGCUUGUCCCGGGAGGUUCUUCGUUAAUAAUGUAUUGAAGGUGGUUGUCACAUAUGUUUUGCAACAUUAUGAUUUAAAGAUGCCUGAAAAGAAAAUAAUGCCAGGCAAUAUUAUUAUGCCGAAUAUAUUUGGGCCAGAUAUGAGUCAGACAUUCGUUUUGAGAACGAGAAGAGGCUAA